UUUUUUUUUUUUUUCAUUCAAAAAAGGAAACAUGUCAUUAAAAGUAAAUAAUACUAAUCUGCAUCAUUCACCACCUCAAUCGCCUCAAUAUAAUAUGCCAAACACUAAUGUCAAACUAAUAAAUUCAAUUGAAAAACGGUGUAGAGAUGACGACACUAUAGCAAAAGAAACUUGUGCUCAAUUUCAGCAACUGACAUGUGAUUCAUUACCGCAUUCACCACCAAGAACACCACUAGGUUCUUUAUCGACCAAUUUUAAUGAAUUAUCAACACAUGCUGACUUAUCUGAAAGCCAUGAGAUGAUAAAACAUGAUAGUGCGCUGAAUUUAGAACAAAAACCAUCAACAGAACUUAAUUUAAAAUGCUUUACACUUAUUAGAACAUUAGGUACAGGGUCGUUUGGUCGAGUUCAUUUGGCAAAAUCAAAGAUAGAUCAAAGUUAUUAUGCUAUUAAAGUUCUUAAGAAAACUGAUAUUGUUCAGUUGAAGCAAGUUGAACAUACAAAAAAUGAAAGAUCCAUAUUAGCUGGUGUUAAAUAUAGUUUUAUUGUUAAUUUAUGGGGUACAUUUCAAGAUGAUGCAAACCUAUACAUGGUGUUAGAUUAUGUACCUGGAGGUGAAUUAUUUUCUCUUAUGAGAAAGACUAUAAGAUUAUCAGAAGACGUUGCUAAAUUUUAUGCUGCGGAAGUCCUUUUAUCUAUUGCAUAUCUUCAUUCACAUAAUAUUAUUUAUCGUGACUUAAAACCAGAGAAUUUACUUUUAGAUAUAGAAGGUCAUAUUAAAAUUACAGAUUUUGGAUUUGCAAAAGUUGUGCCUGAUAUUACAUGGACAUUAUGUGGUACACCUGAUUAUUUAGCUCCCGAAAUUAUUCAAUCAAAAGGAUAUGGAAAACCAGUUGAUUAUUGGGCAUUAGGUAUUUUAAUUUAUGAAAUGCUUGCUGGUAUCGCACCAUUUUAUGAUGAUAAUCAAUUUAAAUUAUAUGAAAAAAUUGUCGCCUGUAAUCCUGUAUAUCCCGACUAUUUUAGUGACCAAGUCGUUGAUUUGCUCAAACAUUUAUUAACUUCGGAUCUGAGCAGUCGCUAUGGCAAUUUAAAACGUGGCUACCAUGACAUUACUGAUCAUCCCUGGUUUAGUUCCAUUGAUUUUGAUAAAUUAGCAAAACGUCAACUAAAACCACCUUUUAUUCCAGAAGUGAAGGGUGAAGGAGAUGCAAGUAAUUUUGAUAUAUACGACGAAGAACGAAUUCCUUAUGGACUACCUGAGCCCGAUCCAUAUCGAAAAUACUUUACUGAGUUUUAAUACUUCACUGUCUAUUAUAAUAGCUCU